UGUUAACUUUCCUCACUGUUCAUAAGGGAUUUGAUUCCGGUUAUUCUUUUCACUUUUAAAAUGGACUGGAGGACUCUUUAGUACCUGAUCUAAGAAAACACGAAAUAGGGGAUUAAGAAGAAAAAAACCCUGACUACACACCUUUUUGCUCAUUUAACACUGAUUAGCGCGGGCUGGACUACAGACAGGCUGGAGCAUGGACGAGGCAGGAGCCAAUUCAGAGAAAUCUCACCUUAUUAACCAGAGAGGCACUAAAACAUAUUCUCUAAAACUCAAAAGUACAUUUUCUGGUUCUAAAGAAACCUACCUGAGUCAGGUGUAUGAAAAUGGGGAUGCUCCUGGGGCCAUUGAGUUGAAAAGACCAGUUGGAGCCCACUGCCAUGGAAGCACAGUUCAGUGGGAGGAGAACCGUGAUAAACUGGAGGCUAAAAAGAAGCUCUACAUUGCCUCGAUGGUCUGCCUGUUCUUCAUGAUUGGGGAAGUGAUUGGUGGUUAUCUUGCCCACAGCCUGGCCAUCAUGACCGAUGCUGCUCAUCUGCUCACAGACUUUGGGAGCAUGAUGGUUAGCCUUUUCUCCCUGUGGAUUUCUUCCAGACCUCCAACCAAGACCAUGAACUUUGGGUGGCACAGAUCAGAGAUCCUGGGAGCGCUGAUAUCCAUAAUGUCCAUCUGGAUAGUUACUGGUGUGUUGGUGUACCUCGCUAUUGAGAGAAUUGUAAAAAACGAUUAUGAAAUCGAGGGCAAAGUGAUGCUGCUUACUUCGGGAUGCGCCGUCGUGGUCAACAUCAUAAUGGCGUAUAUCCUCCAUCACUCCACCUCGUUUCAUGGGAACGACUCUGGCUACCACAAGAUCACUGAAAAUGGGAUGAGUCCUGUGGGUCAUGGUCACUCCCAUAGUCUCCUGGGCAGCCACGGGAACACCAGUGUCCGGGCAGCGUUUAUCCAUGUCUUGGGUGACCUUUUACAAAGCUUAGGGGUGAUGGUUGCAGCCAUCAUUAUAUAUUUACGGCCGGAGUACAAAAUAGCUGAUCCCAUUUGCACAUUCCUGUUCUCUCUGUUUGUCCUGGGGACAACAAUCACCAUUCUCCGUGACGUGUUCCGCAUCCUUAUGGAGGGGGCACCCAGAGCAAUUGAGUUUAACUCUGUGAAGGAGGUGCUGCUUUCUCUGAAAUCUAUAAAGGCCUUGCAUAGUCUGCAUCUCUGGGCUCUAACUGUUGGGCAGAGCCUGGUUUCUGUCCAUGUGGCUAUUGAGGAGAAUGCAGAUCCUCAAAGUGUCCUAAAGGAAGCUACAGAGCUCCUGCAGACCAAGUUCGGCUUCUGCAGCACCACAAUUCAGAUAGAGCACUACAGUGAGGACAUGGCUUACUGCACCAUGUGCCAGGAUCCCAUGGACUAACAUCAGCAAGAAAAUCUGGUGAGGAAAGUUGUCCUGAAAGUGGCCUGUCCAAAACAUGUGUACCCUGUUUGUUGGAACCAGAAAUGCUGCUGCUGGUGUAUUAGCAGACACUUUUUACUUGCAUUCUUUGUUAUACAUACAGUGCAUGCAGAGAUACUGCCAUCCUUAUGCAUUUCCUAAAAAGCUUUCUUGAAAACAUGUCUGCGUAACCGACUGCACUUCAUAAGCUGUGCCCACCCUCCCCACACACAAAAACACGCACACGGAAUGUCAAUAUUCUGGAGUACUGAAGACAAAUAUGAAUAGUCUACUGUAUUACCAAAUAAACAGCUAUCUUUCCCUCUUCUGAC